GAGUUAAAUCACAGUUGGAUUAUCUUCAACAAGGCUUGCCAGGUUAUGAUCAAUUUGGAAUAUCAAGAAAAGGACCACAAGACGCUUUGGAUGAACAUUGCACGAUCUUCUAUGACAGAGAGAAGGUGGAGUUUCUAGAAGGUGGAACGUUUUGGUUAUCAGAAUCACCUUCUGUUCCCGGAAGCAUGUCAUGGGGGGCUGCGGUUCCAUGCAUCGCAACGUGGGCGACAUUUCAACUAAAAGGAGUUGAGCCACCUGGGUUUUCAUUCCAGAUAGUUAAUACCAACAUGGAUGAGUUUAGCCCUCGUGCUCGUAGACGGAGUGCUUUACUUACCUGGCAGCACAUUGCUUCCUUGCCUCCUAGCUUGCCAGUUGUGUACUGUGGUGGAUUUAACACACAAAAGGAAUCAACUACUGGACGCUUCCUUCUUGGGAGAUCAAGAGAGCACGGUGUGGUUGGGGAUAUGAGAGAUGCAUGGCCGAAUGCCCGGGUGAGGAAAAAUGUUUCUCUCAUUCGCACUUAUCAUGGGUUUAAAGGAAACAAACAAGGAGCUCUUGAGUUUCUCAAGUUGAUCUUUAGAGCCCUUUGUCUUUGCUGGGAUCGCCAAACUCAAGAUCUGCACAUAGAUUGGAUUCUUUUCAGAGGUCGAUCUCUGGUUCCCGUUUCUUGUGAAGUGAUCAGCGACAACACUGACGGAGCUUACCCAUCCUCCCAUUAUCCCCUGUUUGCCGAGUUUAUGCUUCCUCGCACUGUGAGAAUGAUUGAACCGCCUGCUCAAGAGGAAAACUAAAAAAUCCAAUUGUUUUGGAGACCCUUUGGCUGUAUCUCCCACAUUCCUUUGCUAUUAUUCAUUUAGUUUGUUAUUCUUCUGAUGUUGAGGGUUCACCAGAAAAGAUUGUGGAUAUAAUUUCAUUUUGGGUGGUUGUAUCUUUGUAUUGUCUCCUUAUUUUCAAGAAUCAAUAAUUGAAGGAAAUUUUCAUUCA